AUGUGAUUAAACAGAUAAAAAAUCCCAUCCCAGCUGUUGAUUCGCCGACAGGAUUUGCCUCCUCGUUUCGUUCUCCAUACCCGUCUUCGUUUCAUCGUCUUCCAUACCGCACACUAGCAAAACCUUUAUGUUUUAUCCUCGUGGUACAUCCAUCCCACAGCAUACACACAUCCAUACAAUGAUACAUUCACACAAUAAUACAUUCAUAGCACUUAUUGUGGGAAUAAUCUUCUCCCAUAGCAUCCCGCUCAUCCCGCAAUUCUUCAAGCCCUGAUCCACCAGAGUAUAAAGUUACCCGCGAAUCCUCAACCCGUCGCCAGUUAACUCUCCAACUGUUCAGGCACUAAGUUGCCACUUAGUCUGUGAGUUUCGUGAAAAUCUUAUCGAAAUCGCUACUUCAUUGCUUCACCUUUUUAAUAAUCGCAAUGAAGCUAUUAGUUGAGUGUGUGGUGUUUUUGCCAUUGUUAGCCCUGGCAUCUGCGAAUCCAGAUGAGGCCUUCGAACGCGGGUACCGGUCGUUGUAUCGCAUUUACGAGGAAUGCCAGCAGCGAAAUGGUGGGUUGUCCCCGUGCAUAAAGAAAAAAGCAAUUGCUUUUUUCGAGCGAUUGGGCAGGAUUGACCACCUCCCAAUCACUGAAAACCUCGAACUGAUCAGAGUCGCUCAGGACAAUGCUUCGCUGACCAGACACCCCAGUGAAUCCGAUUUGGGGCGAUCUGGUGCUUCAAGAGAUGAAGUGCUUAACGAAAUCCUGCUGGAUCGAGUGGCGAAUCUGAUGAACGGAUUCAACGUACAGAUUAGUUUGCCGAAAACUAACACCGUAGAACUAAAGAGAAGCAUGGAGGAAGGUAGAGGAAAAAUGAAGAAGAUGAUGGGCAUGAUGAUGACGGGCAUGGCGAUGAAGAUGGCUGCAAUGAUCCCCAUUGCAAUGGGUGUCCUCUUCAUGCUUGCGGGAAAAGCUCUUAUUAUCAGCAAGAUAGCUCUUGUCCUGUCGAUGAUUAUUGGGCUGAAAAAGCUUCUCAGUCAAAAGCAAGGCGGUGACUCUCACGGAGGAUGGCAGAGUGGUGGUGGUGGUGGCGGCGGCGGAUGGGACCGAAGCAUCAAAGACAUCCCCCAUAACUUGGACCUUCAGAAUGUCGAAGCUGAUUCCAGUUACGGCCAAAAUUUGGCCUAUUCGGCGCAUAGGCCUUAGCAGUAAUUGAGUAAUGAAUUUAUGAUUUAUGUUUGUGAUUUUUUUCAAGUGAUUCGGAUUUCGGAAAUAGACUAACAUAUUAUAGAAAGGAAGCGGUCGGUCUCUUCGUGCUUGAGCGAUAGGUCGCGUAUAUGGUGCCGGUCAUUCAAACGGAAAAUCUACAUUAUGAUAAUUAUGAUGGAUAUGUAAAAUGUGGCAUUAUAGUUAAUGCUGCCGACACGCUACAUAAAUCGCGAUGAAAUUUGUUUUUUAAUUUUUUUAUUUUUCGAUAGCGGAAUAUCGUACGUAGCACGUAUGAAUGAUUGUUACGUGUCAAGCGCGACCGAUGGCAUACUUGUGCGCACCUGUUACUCAUCAGUACAGUUGACUUAUUUAAUAUAUUUUAUAUUUUAUUAUGUUACAUUACUUUAUAUUAUUGAUAUUUAGGUUCAUUAAUUUAUAUAUUUAUUUAUUAAGAUAAUUAACAGCCAUUAUUUAUUUACUGUAAGAUCCUUCAAUAAAUU